UUUGCAGGCCAACCAUUAAUAUCGGGUGUGCGUCAGCUGGGUAUCGAACCCCGGACCAUGUGCAUGAUCGGCGAGCGUCCUAACCACUGUGCCAUCGUUACCAUAUAACUGAUUCAGUGUUGUCAUGAUUGUAAAAGGAGAGUCCUUGGGUGAAAUACUCCUGUUUGUGGGGGGGGGGUCCUUACAAGACUUAGAUAUGUAAAUAACCAGGUGUUAAUUAAGAAGUACUGACGCAAUAUUGGAUUAUUAAAAAACAUAUUGACGGUCUAAACGUGACGCGUUAUCACCGUAUGAAUUCUGUCUUACAAGAUGUACUCCAAGUUGAAUUAUCUCUCUAACGGUACAUAUAUCUCACCUAGGAAAAAUUUGUUGCAGAGUUUUUGAUUGAUUUAGCUGGCAACUAAAAUGACUGUUCUAAGUUUAUAAUUGUUGACGACAACAGCAGGUAUACUAGUUGCGACCAGAAGUGAUCAUUAACCAAGUAUUUCAAUACAGGACCGACAAGUUGCGUAAUAAUAAUUUGACGUAGAUUUUCUCACCAUUACUGUAUGACUUUCAGUGGCUGCUAGUUACAAAACUCAUUACUUUUCACAUACUCGUUUUCGUACUGGCAUGGCUUUUACAGGUUCAUUUCGAGGAAUUUUCCGGUGCAAUUUGUGUUUAUUUUGAAUGAGCAAUAGAAUUGCUUGCGGCUUUAUCGGUCAGCAACCAAUACUAUCGGGUCACUUGUUUAGCCAAGUAAAAGCCAAUGAAUCUACCUGGAGCCUCCGCGAUAAGAAACACGUGACCAUAUGCCUGGUCAAAGCUAAGCUGGGUUUAUGUUGGUGUUCCUUAAUGGUCGAUAAUUGGGAGGCAGAUUCACUGGUUGUUGAGCAAAUGAAGCAGAAACUUAUACUGGAGAGAUUACAAGUUGAAAAUCCUGGGAUGGACUUCAGUUCAGCCGAAAUAUCUGGGGACAAUGUGGAUAAAACUCUGCUGUACAGAACAUUUCUUCCAGCUCGUGCGUCUGAAAAAUCAAAGUGUAUUCUAUCCGAGGUAGAUUCUACACCUAAACAUCAUAGUGUUCAACUCUCUGGUCAAGAAGCACGUAGUUACUAUGAAUCACUUACUCAAUGUGUAGCUAAAAAAUCAGAUUCAUCAGUGCCUGUUUCAACUUCGCGUGAAUGUACCGUUUGUGGCGUUGAUUUUGAUGACUAUGAAAAACACGUGUCAUCUAUCAGUCAUCAGGUGGUAGAAAUGCGUAGCAGAACUUUAAAACCAUCACCUCUUAUAAUCCCUCCUUCAAAUAAAGGUUACCAAAUUUUAACUAGAAUCGGUUGGAGUGAUGCUGCUUUUAAUGUAGACGAGGAGUUAAGUAUUUCAAUGACAUCAACCAAUGCUUCUUUGGCGUCUGCAUCACAAUCUUGUUCUAAAGGCAGUGGUCUUAAUGCUGCCAGAGAAGGUCGGCGUUUUCCAAUCGCAACUGUUCUUAAACGAGAUCGUUUGGGAUUUGGUUGGUCCAACAGUACUAAUACUGCGAAAAUCACCCAUUUCAACUCUGGUGAUAUUAGAGCGAUUCAAAAUUUACGAAAUCCUAAACAUUCUUCUGUUAAAAAAAAUACCAAAUUUUUAGUCCAAAAAAUGAGUCGAGAAAAAAAUAUGGAACGUACAAUAAGAGAAAAGCUUAACUUAACUGAAGAACAGUUUUCUAUACUUCAUGGCAAAUGA